UAUCCAACAUCCAGCUUAUAUACAAUCAUCUUUCCUCCUUGCACGUUCCCUUUUAACUUCUCCAAGUCCUUUAAAUUCAAACAAAAAUGUUAGUGUUAAAAUUCUUAAAGAACUUUCAACUAUUAGUAUCAAUCUUGGCUAUUGUUUUAAGCAGUCAAUUAGUUUCAGGGCAGAUUAGUACAGCGUGUAGCGGUGCAAUGUUACGUAGCUUUAGCCCUUGCAUAAACUUCAUUACGAAUGGUGGAAACAAUUCUUCACCAACUUCAGAUUGUUGCAGAUCUCUCAAGUAUGUCAUGAGUAAUGGAACAGAUUGUCUCUGCCUUAUUGUUACUGGAAAUGUUCCUUUUCGCGUACCCAUUAACAGGACAUUAGCAGUUUCCCUUCCCAAAGCUUGUAACAUGGCUGGUGUCCCCCUCCAGUGCAAAGCGUCUGCUUCCCCUAUUCCAGCUCCAGGUCCAGCUGCCUUAGCACCAACAAAAUCUCCUAGGUCACCCCCAUCUCCUAGUCCUGAAGCUGCCAAUGUUCCUCAGCCAUUCACACCUCCUUUGGGAUUGGGACCAGUGGCUGAUACAACACCAGGUAAUCCUAAUUCAGGUUUAACACCACCUUCCCCAACAGACAGCUUUGGAAACCCUGAUGAUAAUUCAGGAUUCAAGCCUGAUUUGACACCAUCAACGGCCCCAUCUUCUGAUAGAUUUUCAACAUUUGUUCUUCUAGCAGCCUGUGGAGCAAUGGCUUUCAAGUUCUACUAAAUUGCCAACCCACUUUGUCUUUUUCUUUUUUUUUUUUCUUUAGAACUUGCUUGUAGUUUAUAAUCAUUCUUUGGAGAUCAUGUAUACAUGAGUUUUGCACUGUUUUGAUAAUGUCCAUUGUGGUCAAGUUUCAUGGAAUAUAAUGAAUAUGAGGUUUCAAGAUGUCA